AUGGACGCCACCGGCGAUCAGCUCAUGCAUGCGCAGGCCGAGCUGUGGAACCACGUCUUCGCGUACAUCAGAUCCAUGUCCCUCCGGUGCGCCGUCGAGCUCGGCAUCCCCGACGCCGUGCACCGCCUCGGCAGCGCCGCAACGCUCACAGAGCUUGCCGCGGCGCUCUCCCUGCCGCCCUCAAGGGCGCCGUACCUGCGCCGCCUCAUGCGGCUGCUCACGCACACCGGGUUCUUCGUCUUCGACGACGCGGCAGCCAGCUACGGGCUCACCCCGCUCUCGCGCCUCCUCGUGUCCGCGCCAGGCGUGGGUGGGCAGGGCCUAUCGCCGUUCGCUCUCGCCAUGCUGCACCCCAUCGUCGUGUCGCCGUCCAUGUCCCUGGCGUCCUGGUUCCGCGGCGCGGACGCCCGCACCGCCGCGGCGCGCGUCCCGUUCGAGGCCGCGCACGGGCGCGACCUCUGGGCGGUGGCGAAGGGCGACCGGGAGUUCGGCGCGGCGUUCAACGACGCCAUGGCGUGCGACGGCCGGUUCGUGAUGGACGUGCUCGUGCGCGAUCACCGCGACGUGUUCCGGGGCCUCACCUCGCUGGUGGACGUCGGCGGCGGGUCCGGCGGCGCCGCCAGGGCCAUCGCCGCCGCGUUACCGCACGUCAGGUGCAGCGUCCUUGAACUGCCGCACGUCGUCGCCAGCGUCCCGCAAGGCGAACGCGGCGGCGUGGAGUUCGUCGCCGGGGACAUGUUCGAGAACGUCCCCAAGGCCGACGCCGUCCUCCUAAAGUGGGUCCUGCAUGGAUGGGACGACGAGAAGUGCGUGCUCUUACUGCGGCGGUGCAGGGAGGCGAUCCCUUCGAGGGAGGCCGGCGGCAGGGUGAUCGUGAUGGACCUGGUGGUGGGAUCGAGCCCGGCAGACGAGAAGGCUACCGAGACGCAGCUACUGUGGGACGUGAUGAUGAUGGGGGUGGUCGGGAGCCCCGAGCGGGACGAGCUCGAGUGGCGCAAGAUCUUCGAGGACGCGGGCUUCAGUGCCUACAAGAUCGUCGCCUUCCUCGGAAUUCGGUCGGUGAUCGAGGUCUACCCUUGAUUUCCUCUAGAACACGCAAGCUAAUCUGCUCUCUGUUUCAUUCUUCAGUCAAAAUAGCCAUUCUCAAACAUUCAUUGACAGUUCUACACGACUGGUCUCCCAGUAAGCUACCAGGAAAAUGAUUAUUCAUGUUAUCAUUGUUA